CUGCCCUCAUUGAGCGAAACGAGGAGGAAGAAGAUGGGGGAAGCUGCGGUCCACGUGAAGACGAUGGUGAUGACAAGUAUAUGGACGUUGGGGAUGAGAAUAUGCAGGACCAAAACAUGCUUGGCGAUGACGACGUCGGUGUCACGUCGGAGCAUGGCCCUGGCGACAUCCCCACCGGUUCUGUGGGAGCGGCUGUUGGUCGGCCCUUAUCGUCCCCUGCGAUCAAGCAUUCGCAAGGCGGGAGUCAGGGUGGGCAUGACUCGCAGGAGGACGAAGGAUCAAAGUCGAGGAAAAGGACAAGAGAAACUUCUCCUUCUGCUUCCGCUCACAAGAGACAAGCGAGGACUGACGCUGUUAAUGAGGCUCGUGGAGCUCUGGUGGCAUCCCAGGAGGCGAGACCUCCUCGAAAGAACAGCCAGGGGGGAGAUCUGGCGGUCGUGGCGGCGACCGUGGUGGCGCAAGAAAAGAGUUCCAUCACCACGGAACCAGGGGUGUGGGAUAGGCCUGACCUCGUGCUUGCGCCGAUUGACCGCAACGACAUCGUUGGCGGGCAGGGUAGGCGGAUAACACCGACCGAAUUCUUCGAAAGAGACUCCUCGGAGUCCGAUUGGUAUGCUAUCUGUGGUCAGCAUACGGUCGAGGCCAUGAAGACAUUGGUAAAAAAGGGCUCUCCGGCAGUCGACGUCUAUGGCCUUCGCGCGUACUCUAAGGUGCGGGUCGUCUAUUUUGGAGAUGAGCAGACGCGAGGGUAUUUCAAUGUUUCCGCCUUCGACAACACACGCGAAAAUCGGGCCAUGAUGUUGUCCUUCGAGGAUGCUGUCCGUGAUAUGAGGCAAUGGUGGAUCGAUAACCAUCGAAUCGAGGCCCCGAAAGGCAAGGUCAGCGAUAAGGAUGAGGUCGCCGUUGCGUACCAAAAGAAGUGGCAGAAUUUCUUAAGGGUCUCCAUGGGGAAGGCAUGCGACAAGGCGUUCGUGAAGCAAGCGCUCGAGAAUGAGUACAAUAAGGAUUGGAGCAAUAAACUCCGUGGCUACAUGAACCUCGCCACAUCCACCGAGGCUGUGUGGCCACUGGUCGAGAAGUUCUUCGAGAUGUUCAACGAGGGGAAGCUGCCAGUUGGCGAUGGUAAAAUACCGCUUGACAUGCCGGGUAGGAUGGAGGGGCGCCAGCCAGGCCCGUACACCGAUGAGACGAAGGGGCAAAGAACAUUAUACCAUUGCAUAUACGCGAGAGAUGGUCCCAAAGGCUCCACCGUGUCCUGGAAGGAUCUCUGUCCUUCCUACUUCAAAAAUUUUGGGGAUUUGACGUGCCGCGAGAGGGAAGUUGCACUGCUCCUCCUCAUGAAAGGUAAGGUGGUCGCGACGAACGUCAAGGCCAUGCCUCCGAGAGUGAAUAUGGAGUGCCUCCUCGACAUCAUGCGCAAGGAACGGUACAUGGUCCGUAUAUUUAACUACGUUGUUUUUCGCGCCGAGGGAAGGGUGGACGAUGAGUGGAAUGAUGCCUUCUUCAUGUCAUACAAGGACCUCGAGAACAGAUAUGGGCCGAACGGUCUGUGUGCAGCUGAAUGGGAGAAGGAACGGGACAAGCUGCAUGUCAGCAAAGUGAAGACGGUCCCUCGACGACUUGGAGGGGUGGAGGAGGUAAGGCAAGGAUUAGGCUUGGGCCCUACGGCGACAAUGUAUAAGGAGGCUCCGUUCCACUUUAAGGUGGAGGGAAACUCAGAAAGGUCACGGUCGCACCCCGCCUUGUUCGGGAAGUGUCUGGGGAAACACGUUGGCAUAGAGGGCGAUGAAAGUGUGGUGUAUUCCAUCUGGGAGCGAGAGCCUGGCAAGUUGCGUUCGUUGUGCGGGUCAUUCGUCGAGGAGGCGGAAGGUGUGCUUUUAUUGGGUAGGGCGCAUGCGGGUCUUGUGUGGGAAUUCUUACAAGCAGGAAAUAAUGUCAUUGCCUGUGACGAGUCGGCAAAGGACAUUGCAUACUUGACAAAGUUCAUUGAUAUACUUGUCAAGGACGACAGAUUCAACUGCCACGUCGAGAAACCGUGUUGCAAACAUCGCCCGAACAGGGACAUGUUCCACAAGUUGGGGCCUAAGAGACUGAAGGUGUGGGAGUACCUGUUCCGCGAUAUGCCACAAGGAUGGCUUGACGGGAAAUAUAUAUACAGGAAAGCAAAGGCAACAGAGACCCUCAAACAUUAUCACGGUGCUCUCACUCGCGUCUUUGAGACUUUUGUUGCUCGAUGCGAGAUCCUCAAGUUYAAUCUUCACAAAGACCAAUUGACGUCCAAGGACUACGCGGAGCUCGCGAAAUUGGGCGAUGGUUUUAACCCCGUCGACAACAAGGAAGAUUCUUCGGACUCUUACCUCGAACUGGGCGAGGACACAUGUGCUGAGGUUCCGCGCGGAGGAAUGGUGCAAGCUCAUGAUGACGGAACUGUCCAUUCGCACGAAGGGUCCAUCCCGGUGGCCGCCCCAAGCGUCACCUCAAUGGUGGCCUUGUCAGAGACUGCUGCAUUGCAAGACAAUGAAAGAUGCGGUGGCAAUGAAGAAGACGACAUUGAGAUACCAGGCGAGGCGUCGACGCUCGCACCAGGCGAUGCAAUUCCUCCAGGCUACUGUGCUGACCCGAAUACGAUUUAUUUCUUGGAGGGCAAACACACCCGCACAUGCGAGGAUCAAUGGGGCCAUGACAUCAUAUGGCAUGAGGGCGUUUUACAGCCGUGCAUCCAAGAUGGGGAGUGGAAGAUGGCGGUGAAAUACACAAGCGGUUGGAAGACUUUUCGCUGGAUGUCAAAGAACAUCUGGUUAAAAACGAUGGAGCUCACGAUCCUACAUCGCGUGCGCGUCGAGAAUCCAGGGCAGAGCGAGGCCGCCAUCAAAGCCAAGGCCGAAGAAUUGUUUCAUGUCUUGUGCGACAAUCGACAACUGGAGUACAACAACAAAUUUUAUGCCCUGCGCUCGAGUCCCUCACGCGGGUCAAUCAACUGGAAGGUUGAUAAAACCGCCAGAACCUUGGAGGGGAGCUGCUCUCAUGAUUUCAUGCCUUCGGCUGAGCCGGCCUCCAUGGCCGUGCAAGCAGGGUACAGGGGAGAUGACGGGACUACUGUUGUCCGGCCUCAAGAGGUUGACAUGACGUCAAUGCAGCAAAUAUCGGAAAAAUCCAUCUCGGCCGCCUCGGCACAAUCGUCCCCGCCCAUCGAGGUGUCAACGACGUUGCCGUCGGAUGCAGGUGCCACGUACGGGAGUUUAUUGAUAACAAAUGCUGCAAUGCAAGGGAGAUCCGAGAUCGAGUCAGAAUCUGAUGUUGGGCCGAGCGUGGCGGAGAAUCAGUUGCAACCGUCUUUAUGCACUGGCAAAGGUGAUGCACAAUCACCGCUUACACCACAGGGAGGGGCCAGUGGGGAUGGCGGGAAGGGAGGGGAUGUGGAGGGAAUGCACCGUUCACGCAACCUCGACACCUUAACCGCUAAUAUUGAUUAAAAGGGUGAGGAUGAGUUAGGCGGGAGGGGUGCAAUUGGAGGGGGAGAAUCCAGUGAUAUAAUUACAACUUCAUCUCUGCCUUGUUGAACGAAAUUGUGUAAUUGACUUGGUUCGUUGUUUUGUUUAAAACAAAAUUCGUAUUAGUCU